AUGUACGUGUUUUUACGUGUACGUGUGUGUAGGAUAGACGGACGCAUACUCAGCAACGUGGGCACGCUGGUUGGCAGGUCUAUUCGUCAAGAGCAACUGGAUGAAAUCAACAGUGUGUUGGAGCGCGACUUCAUGAUUCGAGCCAUACAUGACGUGAAGGGAAUCGAUAUUGGCAGCAACCUCAUUAGAUACAAGGCUGAAGUUGAUUUCGAUGGGCGUGCUCUAACAAGAUCAUAUUUAGAAAAACACGAUCUUAAUGCCUUGUUGGAAGAUAUGAAAAAGAUCCAAACGAUCGACGACGUGGAAGCGUUCCUUUUGAAACAUGGCGAGAACAUUGUUGAUAUGUUGGGAGGUGAAAUAGAUAGGAUAGAAUUAAAAUUGAGGAAAAAGUUUCCUCAAAUUCGACACUGUGAUUUGGAGAUACUUUAAUGAUACCAUCUAUAAAAAGUUGUAAUCUAUUGUUUUAAAGUAGAGUGAUUACAGCAACAAUAAUGAAUAUUUAUAGGUUUCAAUGAUAGCCACAUUAGUAAAAUGAUACCAGAAAUCAUGUGAUAAGUUUUGACACCAAAAUAUAUUAAUUUUUGACACAUAAGCUAGAUGCUUGCGAUGUUCUAUGGAUUUACUCAAUGCGCCUCGAAUAAUAGGACAAAAAAUGAACACCCAAUAAAUGAGUUUUGUUUGAAGAAAUAUAAAUACUUCUAUGCAAGGGAUAGCCUUUUCUUCUUGUAUUAAUAUUUCAUCGAUUAUUUGAUCAGAAAACUUAUUUAAGAUUAUUAAAAUAACGGUUUAAAACUAUAUGUAAGGUUAUAUGGAGAGCUCGUGGCUUAUUUAUAUGUUAAAUAUUCAAUGUACUAAUUUAUAAUCGGUUCGGCUUUGAAAUUCCUCUUUGAAUACUGGGAAUACAUUGCUGCUUUAAAGUUUAAUUCUCUUUUACAUGAGAGAAGACAUUCCAUGUAAAACAGUGAAUGAUUUAUUUACCCAGGGACAAAUAAAAAAAUCAAUUUUCUUUUACUUCAAUGACAAACCAUCUUAUUGUUGUCUAAAAGGUUUUUCAGGGUAACGGUGGUAUUUAUAUAUAACCUAUAUAAUACAUAUUUACAAUUGGGUUUUAACUACUAAUUUAAUAAAUCUAAAGACAAAAAAAAAACUUGUAUGCUUAUCCCUAAAAAUAUUAUAAGAGAAAUAGAAUAAAUAGGAAAUUUGUGUUGCAACUACUGAAUCCUAUAGAUAUAGCAAUAAAUUUGCAUAAAUAAUAGAUAUAUCUGUAUAUUUGUUUCAUUUUUGUCCUGUCCAUAAUUUCUUAGCUGUAACCUGAUUUCUGUGAUGUUGUAUAUAAAUUGAUAUGCUUUAUUGUUAAGUUUAGCGUAUUAUUUAAGAAACAUUGAUUUGUAAAUAAAUCUGUUACAU